UCGACGGCCCCGCACCGUUGAUCAAGAAUUGUAGCGAAUGUCAGCUUUCGCGACGAACAAAUCGGUAAAAAGCGGCUGCGGUCAUUUGUUGAAUCGCGCGAUAAACGCGCUUCCCUUCGAGUUACACAUCCCUGGCUAUCAGUUUUGCGGACCAGGAACGCACUUGGAAAAGCGAUUAGCUAGAGGCGAUCGGGGUAUAAAUCCGCUGGACGCGGCGUGCCGCGAACACGAUAUCGCGUAUUCUCGAAGCAACGAGCUUGCCGACAGACACGCAGCGGACGAAAUACUCGCCAACAAAGCACGAAAACGCGUAAUCGCGAAAGAUUCGGCUCUCGGAGAAAGAGCCGCCGCUGCUGCCGUCUGGGCAGCUAUGAAAACCAAGACAAAGAUCGGUAUGGGCGUAAAGAGCAAGAAGAAGAGGACGACGACGAAGAAAAAAAAACGUAUACUUCCGGCAGCAAAACGAGGCGGUGCAUUACCGAUUCUACCGAUAUUAGGCGCGCUCGGAUCAUUGAUCGGCGGAGCGGCCGGCGUGGCAAAGGCGGUAAACGACCGCAAAGCCACGCGACGUCAACUCGAAGAGCUGCAACGUCACAAUCGCGCGAUGGAAGGUCGCGGAGUGUAUCUCGCUCCGUACAAAGGCGGGCGAGGGCUGUAUCUCGCCCCAUACAAGUACGGAAAAGGCGUAAAAGCGAAAAGGAAAAAUACUUCAAAGAGGCGUUAAAAAAAUUCAUGGGUGCGAUGACAAACGUGCAAUUACAUCAUUUGGCUAUUCGUAUGCGUAUUCCAUAUUUCAGAGGAGUGUUUAUGCGUAACGCGUUACCGAUAAGCGGCGCGCGUCUAAAUGAAAGCGGUAUCGUAAACCUGGACGAUGCGGCGGGCCCCGGUACUCACUGGGUAGCGUACGUAAAGAGAGACAAUCACGUAAUGUAUUUCGAUAGUUUCGGAAAUCUUCGACCACCUAGAGAACUCGUACGAUAUUUCGGAGACGGUGUGACUAAAAUAGAAUACAAUCAAACGUCUUAUCAAACCUACGAUCAGAGCAUCUGCGGACAACUUUGUCUGCUAUUUUUACACUCGAUUUAAAGACUGACGUUGCGCUGUUUAAACUCAGUAUUCGUUCAAACAUGUCGCUGACGCUUACGCUGAGCGGUGAGAGCAGCAUUCUGACAGCGAGGUACUCUCCCGCUAUAGAGUUGAACGACGAUGACUACGAGCUCGGUCUAGCGAUCUUUGAAACAUAUAAUACGAUACCGAAUGUGAAUGCUUCGAACAAUAAAUUUUACUUUGGUAAAGACAACGUGGAGAUUACGAUUCCUGAGGGAUCGUACGAGCUGCAUGCCAUAAACGAGUUUUUAAAACGCGAGAUUUCACAAAUACGCCCGCGACGCGACGAGGCUCGUUCAAACGUUACGCGCGGUGACAUCGCGAUUAAAGACAAUAAUGCUGGGGAUGAAGACCCGAUAACGAUCCGCGCAAACUACAAUACGAUGAGAUGU